UUCCUUAUACAAUUGUUUUCCAGCACACCUUAAAAAAGUUUAAUUUACAAAACUCCGCAACUGACGGCAUUCACACCUUUCCAACUCAUCACGCGUCAUAACCGAAACUUCCGGUUAUUUCUGCCUUGUCCAAUUAAGCAACUUUCCUUUCUCCCUUUAUCUUUCUCCAUUUCCUUCUCAUCUUGACCCUUCUCCAUUACAUUCCUCAAAACUUUCUCCAUUGCUCAACUGAAGAACACUACACAAUAAUUAGAAGCUACAGGAAAUAAAUCUCGAAUCCAUGUUAAUCCAUAUUGUUUAGGAAAGGAAAAUUUUGUUCAUUAUGAUUUCCAGAUUUUUCACCGAUUUUCCUGUUUAUUCAAUCUUCUCUAAUCCUUCUUCUCGUCGUUCUCUUAUUGGCGCUAAUCAUACUUCUGCCAGAUUCUGCUCUAAAUAAAUUUUAGUUUUAUACUCACUUCCUUUCUUUUUACCUGCACAGAAAAAAAGCAACAUAUCUGUAUCAUUCAAUUAUAGAACACUACAUUCUUUUGGAAUUGUAAAAAAAUUAAAUCAUCCUUUUUUUUGAUUUUUUGAAUUUUUAAAAUUUUUGAUUUUGAAAUGAAGAAGCUUCCACACACUGCAGAAGCAGUGUUAAUGGAGUUACCUACGAAGCCAAGUUUUCUACGCAACUUUCUUGUGAAGGUUCUAGUAUUUUGCGUGUUUAUCAUCUGUUUUCGAUUCGCUUACGUUGUUACGAUCCGAGGCGAAUCCUGCGACGUCGGCGAUUUCUGCUUUUUCUCAUUGCCGGAGACAUUGAACCUUGUUGGAACGACGACAAUCACUGCCGUUUCAUCAACUGCGAACGAGGUGGUUUCUGUCGAUGAGAAGAAUUCUGUCUACACCAGCAAAAAAUGGCGGAAAUCUGUUCAGUUUUACUCUUCGAUUUUUCAGGAUCUGAUUUCCGAAGGUUUUCUCUCUCCGAAAUCGAAAUCUCUCUGCGUUGAUACGGAAUUAGGUCAAGAAGUGUUCGCUUUGAGAGAACUCGGAGUUUCUGACUCCAUUGGUGUAGCGAAAAAAGCGUCUAAACCAUUGGUUGUUUCGUUGAAGAAUUCCGGUCGUCGUCAGCCGUUCGAUGAUAACAGUUUUGAUUUCAUUUUCUACGGUGGUGAUGGAAGAAUCGACAAAUUGAGCAAAUACUCGGAUGUUUCUGAAGAAAUCGGAAGGACUUUGAAGCCCGAAGGGUAUUUAGUAGUCCAUACAAGAACAAAUGAUACAUACAGUUUACAUUCCUUUAUUGCUUUAUUCAAUUGCUGCACAUUUAUCAAAUCUAAUGAAAUUCAAGCUUUUAUUGGUGAUGAAAAUGACGGUGAAAGUGUUACAUUCAGACAGAUUGUGAUGAAGAAAGAAGGCUACAAUCACAAUCAUGGUUCUGUAUAUAGAACUAAAGAGUGUUCCAUUGUUCCAGGGUACAAGCAAGAGAUUGUUUGGAAAGCAGAGGAAUUGAUCAAGAAGGAGCCUUUGAAACCAUGGAUUACACUAAAAAAGAAUAUACAGAACAUCAAGUAUUUACCAUCAAUGGUGGAUAUCAGUUUCAAGAGUAGGUAUAUAUAUGUAGAUGUAGGAGCUAGAAGCUACGGUUCGAGUAUUGGGAGUUGGUUUAAGAAGCAAUAUCCAAAACAGAACAAAACAUUCGAAGUCUAUGCAAUUGAAGCAGAUAAGUCUUUUCAUCAGGAGUAUGAAGCUAAGAAAAAACAAGUGAAAUUGUUGCCUUAUGCUGCUUGGGUGAAGAAUGAGUCAUUGUUUUUCGAGGUUAAUCAUGACCCUGGUGAUGAUCCUGAGGAGAAAGGUGGGAGUAAAGGACGAGGAAUGGGAAGAAUUAAGCCUGUUCAAUCUUCUGAUGGGAUUUCGAGUGAUGUUGAUAAGAUUCCGGGUUUUGAUUUUGCUGAGUGGUUGAAAGCAACCGUAACUGAAACAGAUUUUGUUGUGAUGAAAAUGGAUGUUGAAGGAACUGAAUUUGAUCUUAUCCCGAGGUUGUUUGAGACUGGGGCGAUUUGUUUGAUCGAUGAGAUAUUCCUUGAGUGUCAUUAUAAUCGGUGGCAGAGAUGUUGUCCCGGAGAAAGAAGUGCUAAGUAUGAAAAGACAUAUAAUCAGUGCUUGAACCUGUUUACUUCUCUCAGAGAGCGUGGUGUUCUUGUUCAUCAAUGGUGGUAAAAUUCAAACCCCAUAAAUUUCAUGUAGGUUUCUUUAUAAAUUGUCAAAAUGUUCCUAGUAUUAUACAGUUGAUUUUCAGUAAUGAUACAGUUUGUUUGAAAUGCUGGUAAAAAGUUACAUCUUUUCAUUAACAAACUUAUUCUUUGAUUUGUUUCAAAUACAUUGUUGUUUAUUUCAUCAUUUACUAUAUAAACUGCCAAAUAAUGUAUAUGUAUGAAGAAUAUAUAUGCUGGUUUCAAUGA